AGCGAGAGGAGCCGAGGAAGAAUAUAUCCAUCCUAACAUCCACCCACCCACACACCAGACACACAUACCUUAUUCUCCGCCGUUUCUUGGCCUCCGGAAAUCUCCUCCCCCAAGUUGCAAGCAUGGGCGGGUUCAGCCUCAGCGGCGCUACAGGUCUCGCGGCGUACCGCGAGGAAGACGACGAGGAGCUGUUCGAGACGUCGUCUUCGAUCUCCGGCGACUCCGACGAUGAGGGCCACCAGCUCUCCGAUGGAGAGGGGGGCGCCUAUGAUUUGUCAUCUGUGAUGGCACAGCUCCCUGUCAAGAAAGGGCUAUCCAGAUACUACGACGGCAAGUCCCAGUCCUUCGCGUGCAUGUCUGAAGUGCGAUGCCUGGAAGAUCUGCGCAAGAAAGAGACGCCCUACAAGAAGAUCAAGACAUCAAGGAGUAGCGUCGCGUUAGACGAAGAGCAGGACUGUCAUACGCCGGGUCGUACGAACAGCAGCAGAGCGCCCGGAAGUUGUUGCGCAAACCUGGUGGCUCGGAACAACGGCAAAAACAUGCUGUACAGACCUCCCCCAGUCCCUGUAAACAAAAGUGGAUACCGUCAGUAGGCUCUAGGACAUUACUGGAUGAUAUCUAUCCAGGGUUUCACCUCUUGUUUUUUUUCCAUUUUUGAGGGAUUUUGUUGACAGGCGUAUUGGCCUGUCUCAGAUGUAAUGUAAGAGGGUUUCCUUCUCUGCUCUUAGCAGAGUUAUCUCCUAUGAUCUUGUCCAUGAGACAUUGGUUCGUGUAAAUAAUAGUGAUGUUGUAACCACUUCAAAAGAUCCA